AUGUUAAUCGUUUCCUCAGGUGAUGAACUAGACGAUCGCCCGCCUCCUACCGUCAUUCAUGUGGCUCCGUUUCGUGAAGACAGCCCAGAGUUCUUGGCCUUUGGUACCCAUGCCCAACGAGCAGCAGUGAUAUCGGCUGGUGUUGGGAUGUCAUUAGUGAUCUUUCUGUUUCUCUCAGUAUUUUUCGAAUUCGACUGGUAUCAUCAUGAAAAAGGCGUUGAUGUAGGGGCACUCAGUGAGUUCAAUUUCAUUCAAUUAGGUGUUGGUUUGUUAUUAUUCCUUAUUGGUGGUAUGCUGAUUCACUGGUAUGUUGUUCGUGGGAUAAAGGUUGGCCAACCACGCUACCUCGUCCCAUUCGUUAUCGUUUACACGGUGGUGAUUGUACUUGAGGCGGUUUUCUUCAUCUUCGUCAUAAAUCACAUAGUUGUUCUGAGCUAUUUGAAGACGGUACCUCCUCAGACGUCAUCGGGUUACGUGAUUGUAACGGCCAUGUUCGUUUUUGCAAUGGGUGUUCAAGGCGUGAUGCUCACGGCUGUGGUAAGGUGCCGGAACUAUCUUGAAAAACGUCAGAUCCAUGACUUAGAAAUGCGUGUGGCUGAGAAAAGUAAACUCCAACAUCCCGGCAUUAUAAUAGUGUUUGGAGCAGGAGAUACGGGCUCACAUAACUCAGCACCUGGAGCUGACUCGUCGAAUAUUACCACUGACGCUCCACCCUCGUACAACAAUGUGACUCAUGCAGCGAACGGUACUGCUCAUUCUGCAGCACCACCAGCCCCUCAACGAACAGUGCUGCAGGCGGAAGAUGGAAUUGUUUAA